ACAACAAAAUUCAUUAUCUGCCAAAGAGAAAGAAAACCAUAUUUUUUAUAAACAGAGUUAAAUUGUUCUUAAACAUGAUGAUGAACAAAAACGUUCUGAGUUCGAUUCUGUUCUUCAUGUUGAUUGGUUCGGUUCUUGUCGAGAGUCGUCCGCUUGGUCUAACAAAGACCGAGGAGAAGUUCGUGGCUAGUUUAUUCGAUGGCUUAUCACUUGGUUCGAUCAAAGACUCAGGUCCAAGUCCAGGCGAGGGUCAUAAGGUCGUGGACAGGAAGGAUACGUUUCGAUUUGUUAAGCACUCAGGUCCAAGCCCAAGCGGACCGGGCCACUAAUGUUUCAAUCUUUAGUUCAAACCGGGCCGGUUAAAGUGCCCAUACCCAUCUAGGUCGAGAAAAUUAUUUCAUUUUUUUGUUCCAGUUUCAUUAGUGGAAAAUAUUAUACAUGUCUCAUGUUUCUGAUCGAUACAUAGGAAGAAGAAUGGCAAAAACAAUAAUUAUUGUCUCAUUUUUCUAUAUUUAGGAUUAUUGUUUUGUUAGUGAAAUAAAGUUACUUGAAAAGUAUACAAAUAAAAUGUAUUAAUCAAUUUUUUUAUAUUUAUUUGAAUGUAAUAAUAGUUAAUAAACAUCAGUGUCCAAAGUGAAAUAUGAGUCCAAC